AGUACCGUACGAUUAAAACGACAAAAACGAACCUGAAACAUAAAAUAAUACGACAUAUAUGCAUAUGAAGUGUUUUAAUAAACAUUAUUUCAAUACUUCUCUCGAAAUAUUAUUCCAACUGCUUCUCAGCUAAAGUUUUUGAGCUUAGGUUGGUUAAAACAACUACAUCUCCCAUAAGUCAUUGCGGCGUCUUCCGCCGAGCACAACAAAAAAGCCUCGUAUGUCUGAAUAUGUCCCGAUUAUUUAUUCUGACCUCUAUUAACUCGCUGUUAAUAUUAUGUUUACACAACGUUGUACGUCAAAUGGUAAAAAUUGGAUUACUGAAAAGUAUAAUUUGACGGAUUCCCUGGCAUUCCGGAAGUGCUUCCGGGAAGAAGGAAGAAGAACCGUCCAGAGUCCUCUCACUAUGGCGGAUGCAAAAGAGUCAUGCAGAGACGUCCCAGGGCGACAAACACUGCUGCAGGUGUCCGACUCCUACGGACGCCAGUUGCUGGGUGUGCUCAGAUCCUUUCGAGAGCGAGGACUUCUGUUUGACUUCACCAUAAAAGUCCAAGAGCACACCUUCCCCUGCCAUCGCUGUGUUCUUUAUGCUUGCAGUGAUUUCUUCCGGGCCAUGUUUGAGGCGGACAUGCGAGAGCGGGAUGAUGGUUCAGUGACACUAUGUGACCAGAGUCCAGCGGUGCUGGGCUCCUUCUUGGACUUCGCCUACUCUGGCCACAUUCUUAUCACGGAAGGAAACGUAGACUCGCUCUUUCAGCUCGCCUCAUUUUUACAGGUGUCACUCCUGUCCAGAGCGUGUAGUGACUUCCUGGCGGCGACGUUGGAUGUCGCUAACUGCUUGUCACUCUUAAACCUCGCCGAGGCGUACGGCUCGGUCGCCCUGCGUCAAAGUGCCGCCGACUUUGUGGUGCGCAACUUCCACGAGCUUUCCGACGUGCGAGACUUCGUGGAUAUGCAGGUGGACGUGUUGGAGGAAUGCCUGAGGUCAGCCGCCCUGGGCGUGCCCAGUGAGGAGGCUGUGGUGAUGUCACUUCUCAGGUGGAUACGUGGAGAUCUUCCUGGGAGGCAGAAGCUGCUGCCUGGGUUGUUAUCUCUCACCAGGCCUCACCAUCUCCCUCCACCGGCACUCCAGACCCUUCUGGAAUCAGACGCUCUGCUGAGGAGCGACGAGUCCUGCGUGGCCCUGCUCACCGAGGCUCAGAGCAGACAGAGUCAGCACUUUGGACUGUUCACCGACGCCAGGCCCGCCACCACCCGGACCUACAUUUAUGUCCACAAGACGGAGGGCAACGGAGAGACCUGCCACUCUUUCUGCUACUGUGUGGCAACAGACCAGUGGAAGGAGCUCUCAAUGAGCCAUGGAGUAACAGCCAUGCCAGACCCACCAGGCUCACACCUGACCAGCUUCGCUGAGAAGAUGUUUGUCACUGGGGGUUGCCGUGGAAACUGUCGCCCUGCUGUACGCCUCCAUGUGGAAGAGUCUUUCCACGACGCCACCAACGAAGUGUGGUGCUUCUGUCCCGUCACAAGGACCUGCACGCCCGCCCCGGCCAUGCUGAAGCCCCGAACCAUGCACACAGCCGUGGUCUGCCUAGACCGCGUGUAUGUCAUUGGGGGGCGGACCCAGGGACCUAGCGGGUGUCUUCACAGUCUGCUAGAGGUGGAGUUUUAUGAUCCGCUGAACAGGCGCUGGUUUCCGGUCAGUCCUCUGCCGACCGCAGUCUUCUAUCCGGAGGCCAGUGCUUGCGGCAACAAGAUCUACACUCUGGGAUCACAGGCGGAGAGAAGCGACUCCUUCAACCCCUCGCUGGACUGCUUCUUCAGCUACCAUGCCCAACACGACCAGUGGAGCCGCCUGGUGGCAGACACUGGUCAGUUCUUCCACGCGGCGCUGGUCAAAGCGGUUUCCAUUCGUCAGACUCUGCACCUCUGUGACCUGUCCACUCACAAGUUGUACAGUUUCUGCCCUGAGACAUGUGCGUGGAAGGAUAAGGGAUCCUUCGGGUGUGCAGGGUUCAACGCUGAAGCAGUGGGUACCUGGGACAAAAUCUACAUCCUGGGUGGCGACUAUUCCCCCAACGAGAUCACAGAUGAAGUCCAGGUGUACCACAGUGACAGGGGCCAAUGGGAAGAGUUGUCCUCGAUGCCCAGAGCGUUGACUGAAUUCCACUGCCAGCUCAUCAGCUUCAACAGGCACAGUGACCCCUGGUGUGACCUUUGAUGCACAAACUACACAAACGUUGAAACGGUGGUUAGCAUGUUGGCCUCCCGGUCAGGAGAUCAAAGGUUCAAAACAGACCCAGUAACUCCACGGUGACGUUGUGGUGAAUUUACUGAGGAAUGUGUGAAACAUUACAAAAAGACUGCCAUUAAAGGCCUACUGAAAUGAUUUUUUAAAAUUUAAACGGGAAUAGCAGAUCCAUUCUAUGUGUCAUACUUGAUCAUUUCGCGAUAUUGCCAUAUUUUUGCUGAAAGGAUUUAGUAGAGAAAAUCGACGAUAAAGUUCGCAACUUUUGCUCGCUGAUAAAAAAAAAAGCCUUGCCUGUAGCGGAAGUAGCGUGAUGUCACAGGAGCUAGUAUUCCUCACAAUUCCCCGUUGUUUACAAUGGAGCGAGAGAGAUUCGGACUAACUUUAUAAGUUAGCCCGUGCCGUAUUGGCAUGUGUUGCAAUGUUAAGAUUUCAUCAUUGAUGUAUAAACUAUCAGACUGCGUGGUCGGUAGUAGUGGCUUUCAGUAGGCCUUUAAAAGUUAAUAAUACUAAACAGACACUUGUAAACAUGUUAGCUGAUUAGCUAAUCCUAAUAACGCUAGCUUGAUUACAUUACAAUAGCAGGUACAAAUAUGCAUGAAAGCACUCUUACAGAUAUCACACACGGGAUGGUUUAGUAAGUAUGAAUUGUUUUAGUUGUAUUGUAAAAACUUACAAACGCCGCUUGGAGUGAUGAACGAAGAAUCCGUACGAGUAGACACGCUAUAGACAAGUAAUAGACGAAAGGGGAUAUACUUCCGGUUCAAGGCACGGAACAGAAAGUGGAUUUUCAACCCGCAGCAGUGAGCGAACUCGCCCAAAAGAUGGCGACGUAGCACAAACAUUGAUAACACACCUUUUCAGUGUGUCUGGUGAAUACAAAACAUGGCCGUUGGCGAACAAAAAUUAAUGAAUCAGCCGCACAGUUUUAUAAGCCACAGGGUUCAGAGCGUAGGUAAGAAGUAGCGGCUUAUAGUCCAAAAAAUACGGUAGAUUUUUUUGCAUUAUCUAAAAAAAAAAAAAAAAUGCAAUUUCGGUAGACAUUUCGUGUGAAUGCUGAAGAGCCAAAGCCGAAUAGAAAUGCUGGCCAGAUAGUGUCGAGCAACUAAAAAUAUGAGCUAAAAAAGCUAACGUGCUAACAAUAACAUGCUUACAGUUAGCAUUAGUGAAAUACCAGAAUAUAGCUGAGAUGACGCUGCUACCCAGUAUCUGGAAAUCCAUUUCUGUGAUGUUUUGUUUGUUAAUAAAUGUUAAUUUUUUAAUAAUAAAAUGUUAUUUUUUUAUGUAACAUUUAAAAAUAAGCUAAUAACUGUGCUGUCCAGUUGAGUCUCUCUUGCAAUGCAGUUGCGCUUCCAAGACAUUAGGUGGCAGUACUGUAAAGGCUAUUUGUAGUAUGUUGUCUAAUGAGGAAGUAGCCUUGAAUGUGUUAUGUUGCGCCCUAAAAAGUGUUCAUACUGUAAGUAUCGUACUUAUUACGCACCAGCUGUUUAUAACAUCCAUCUUAGUUGUAGUUUUCAUUGACACUUUUGAAGAAUACAAAUAAGACAAUCAACAUAACAUUAAAGUCCAUUUUGAAUGAGAAGAAGCAGUAAGAAGUUCAAACCUUGUAUCUGGUGUUGAAAUUGUCAUGUAAAAUUGCUAAUGCUAAUCAGUAGCAAAGCCAAUGUGUAUUAACAUCAAGCUAGUGCAUUUUUGGAAAAGUGGACCCUUGCUUUACUUACUUUGGAGCGUUUUUGUUUGUUUGUUUUAAAGUUGUUUGCUCUGUUGGCAUCCAAAAUUGAAACGUUACUAUAGAGCAAAACUUUACACUUUGCAUACAUAUUUUGCUGUUUGUUACAUUUUUGUUGUAUUUUGCUUGUUUGUAUAAGAUACACAAUUAUCGAGGAGCUGGUCUGAGAAGUAAAAGAGGAGCGAUGUUCAUAUGUUGUUAAUAUUCAGUGUUUUAUUGUUCAUAGUUAAUAUUGUAAAUCCCACUGUCUUUAUUUUAAUGUACAUUUUGGGUGUCCCAUUCAGUAAACUAUAAAAUUCUAUUUCGUCUUUUUGAGAUGGUCUGUCAUAACUUUUUUAGAACUCUAUCGGACAUUGUGACGUUUGGUAUUAGUGUUCCUGAAAAAAAGGGAGCCAAACACACAUACUGUACAGCAGAUUUUUACAGCUAAAUGUGUAUA